GUCGGCGGCAAGCAGGGCGGCGUGGACACUCCGGAUUUGUUCAACAGCAUGGUCGAGAGCGCCCUGGAGCCAGUGAUCCAAAGUUGGCGAGUCCGGCACUUCGGGUUCCCCUUUGGCGACGAGGGCGAGCAGGGCGGGUACCUGAACCACUUGAUCUGGGCGGACAACUUCAUCAUUCUGGCUGCUGACAUCGACCAGUUCGAAAGUAUGGCCCAAGAGCUCACGUCCGCCAUGGAGAGUAUCGAAUUCACAUGGAAAGAAUCGUCCCUAGAAGUUAUGGCUUGCGGGGCCUUGGCAGAAGAGAGCAUUCGUGCGCCCGCCGUGCGGCAGACAGGGAAGAGUGAGUCUUUACUUUUCGCAGUUGUUGAUCAUAUUGUUCUUCUGGGUGCUCACAUAAACUCCAAAUCGGAGACCGCCGCAGCACUGGAACAUCGUUUGGCCAAGGCGGAAGCGCACUAUUGGGCCCACGUUGGAGCCUUUCGGGGCGGUGGCACCAUCAAGAGCAAAUUGAAGGCGUGGUGCACGGGUCCAUCGGCAAGUGUGCUGCUGGGGUCGUGCGCUUGGCAGGUGAGCCAGUCUUUGUUGCACAAGCUGAAAGUUUGGGAGUGGCACUUCCUCCGGAGAGCAUUUCGCCUGAGGCGCAAGCCCGGCGAGGGCGCGAUGGCAGCCAACGUCCGCACUUCAGCGCUGAUCAAACGGUGGAUGCACGUACACAAUGUGAAGCCCUUGCACAUCCGGGUGCUCCGCUCAGUCUUCAAGCACGCCUGGCGAGAAAAGACUUUUCCCGGACAUGGUGGGCACAAUUACCUGGCCAUGAGCAGGUCCUUCCGGUCUCGCGAGUGGUGGGAGCAUUUCAAGUACUUCGGGGAAUACCGCAAGCGACGACGCCUGAACAUGCUGCAUUCCUCGGGGGGGCAGUUCUCUCAUCGGGAGGACGUGUUCUGCGAGUAUUUCGGCGUCGACUGGCGGGAGGUGUCGUGCGAGGCUUCGUGCAAGCGCCCCCGAGUGCAGAAGUACCGGGUCGAGGAUUUGCCUGCCCGCCACGAGAAAGACGGCGUCGACGAGGAUGUCAUCGUCUGGGACACCCGGGCGAAGAGGUUUGUCACUGUCUGCGACUGUCAACCAUUAGUGGACGUGGUCAUGGGCAGAAACCUUCCAGCGGGGUCGGGCAACGCUGCGGUAUUUGAGAAAAUCUAUGGCCAAGUGGCGAGCCUAUUUGACAACGGUUGGUUGCCCUACCAGAGUCACCAGGACCCCGUGCUGUGGAGAAACCGCAACCACAACGCGAAGGCCGACCACAUCGCCAACGUCACGUUGAAUGCCGGGAAGUCGUGGCACCAGGAGUACCCAUUGCCACCGGGCCGCCUGUUAUGCGAUGCAGUCGUGGUGACGCACUGCGACGGCGGCCGGCGAGGGCCAGGCUCCACGGCAGCAGCGUGGAUCGUUGAAGCUAUGUGGCCGGACGACACUCUUCAGGUAAUCGCUCUCUCUGGCGCGCACCUGGACGACGCUGCCGCGACAUCUUCGUUCGAUGCUGAGGCGCUG